GAUGGUGGCAGCGAUGUUUCAAAGAAGAUUGCUGAGCUCCAGAAAGAAAUUGAAAGGAAGAGGAAGCAGAUUGAGAACAUCAAUUCAUCUCUUGGAGAGAAUGAAGAUGAGCCAUACAGUCCCAGUCAAGUUGAGAUGGAUAUGGAAGAUUUGGAAAUGCCAUAUAGUCCUACUGCAGCUUAUGAUUCUCCUAUAAAUGCAGCAUCACUACCAUCACCUUUGAAGAACUUAUUUCCCCUAAGUGCACAGGCAGGGAGAGGAAGUGGCAAAGCUUCUACUUUGAGUGCUGACCCUAUAGUGAGGAACUUUGGUGGUUCUUCCACAGAGCCUUCGGAUGAGAAGCCCAGGAGGAAGAGAAGGUCCCCAAUUGGAACACCCCCUAGGCAUGAUCCAGGUCAACGGAGGGCAUCAGGUGAAGCCACCAUAACGGACUCAGAUUCUAUCAGAAACCUUGGAGGAUCUCAGGCAAUGGCCCUAGAAAGAGCUGACCCUCGCACGAUCCGUCCAAGAAAUUCGGCAUUUCCAGAGAGAGCAGAAUCACCGAAACUGCAUGCUGGUGACAUGUCCCCACUUUCUCCCCCUCCACAGGCAUUACAUUCUACAUACCAGGAAUCAAGUGCAAUGCCACAUCGAUCUGGACCACAUCCACCCCAAUUGUCUCCUCCAGCUCCUCCUGCACCAUCAAUUCCAGGACCAGUUAUGGACGGCAAUACAAUACUCCCGGUUAUGGACCUGGUCCUGGCCCCGUUCCUGGUCCUGGUCCUGGCCCCAUUCCUGGUCCUGGCCCCAAUCCAGGCCUGGGCCCAGUCCCAGGUCCAGGUCCAGGCCUUGGCCUGGGUCCAGGUCUUGGUCCAGGUCCUGGUCCUGGUCCAGGUCCAGGUCCAGGUCCAGGUCCAGGCCCUGGUCCUGGUCCAGGCCCUGGUCCUGGUCCUGGCCCUGGUCCUGGUCCUGGCCCAGGCCCAGGCCCAGGUCCUGGCCCAUAUCGGGGUCAGUUUCCACCCUAUGGCCCCCAUGGAUCACAACCUGGCAUGUAUUCAAGCAACACAACUGCUGGUAGUGAAUAUUAUCAUCAGAAGUACAACACAUCUUCACGCAUGGAACCAUACCGUGGCCAAGGGACCCAGGAACGAGAAGAACCCAGUAAAGAGUGGGAGAAAAGCAAAGGUCGCGAUGGGGAUCGUUCGAAAGGGAGUCGCUCGGGAAGAUGGAGGAGGCAUCACAGGAGGAAUGGGAAAGAUGAGAAGAGCAGAGGUGAGAGUGGGCAUUCACGUUCCAUGGCCAAAGUAG